GUAAACACAUGCGAAACAUCAAUCAUAGUGUUGUAUAUGAAACGCGAAAAUUUAGUGUACAUUGCUAUUACAAGACCAGAUUCCAUUAAGCUUUCGUUAAUAAACAGAGACAUGUAUAUCAAAAUUUCAGCUACACUGUGGUUCUAUUUAUUGACUGAAACGUUUUGCUGCAAACUGAAAUAUUUGUAUUUUUAUUGUUGAUUUUGUAAGGUGAUUACACCUUAUUUAUCUUUUGCGAUAAUGUCGUGAAGUUUACUUCAUCCCACACAAUUUGUGUUAAUUUAAAUACACAAAUCGAAGGUUGUGGUAGUAAGGAUGAAGCGGCAGAACGUUCGCACAUUAUCCCUGGUGGUUUGCACGUUUACAUAUUUACUGAUCGGCGCUGCGGUAUUCGAUGCCUUGGAAUCAGAGACAGAAAGUAAACGAUGGGAGGUUUUGUCAGACAUGAGAAAUGGCUUAAUACGUAGAUAUAACAUAACACCAGAAGAUUACCACAUGAUUGAGAUAGUAAUUAUAGAGAAUAAACCACACAAAGCGGGGCCGCAGUGGAAGUUUGCGGGUGCCUUCUAUUUUGCCACUGUGGUCCUGGCAAUGAUCGGAUAUGGGCACUCUACACCUGUUACUGUAGGAGGGAAGGCUUUUUGUAUGGCAUAUGCUAUGGUGGGUAUUCCGUUAGGCCUGGUGAUGUUCCAGAGUAUUGGUGAGCGUUUGAACAAGUUCGCGUCGGUUGUGAUAAGGAGAGCCAAGUGUUACCUCCGCUGCAACACCACGGAAGCCACGGAAAUGAACCUCAUGUUUGCUACUGGGAUGCUAUCUUCAAUUAUUAUAACUACAGGUGCCGCUGUUUUCUCCCGGUACGAGGGGUGGAGUUACUUCGACAGCUUUUACUAUUGCUUCGUCACGCUCACCACUAUAGGGUUCGGUGACUACGUUGCUUUACAAAACGAUCAAGCGUUGACAAGUAAGCCAGGAUAUGUUGCGCUGAGCCUCGUGUUCAUCCUGUUCGGGCUCGCCGUGGUGGCUGCCAGCAUCAACUUGCUGGUGCUGCGUUUCAUGACCAUGCAAGCGGAAGACGCAGCCCGUGAUGAAGAAGAUAAGGACGGCUCCAGGAUUCUGCUACCUAUAGAUGAACACCCCAUCGUGGGAAGACAACGGUCACACGACGAUCAGGCUUCCGUGUGUUCAUGUAACUGCCUGGGCAACAAGCAGUGCGAGGCAGGCGCGCUGCUGGCCGCGCCGCGCCCGCACCGCCUCCGUCGCCGCGUGUCACUCGCCCUCGCGCCAGAAUUAAUCGAGAGAGCUUCCGUGUAAAUUGCCAAAAAGGUAUUCCGAUACAACUAGAUAGCAUAAAGUUGCAGUUUAUUGUUUCAUAUAAGUAGAUCGCAUAAAAUGAUGAUUUUACUGCCGAAAAUAGCAGCUUCUUAACGGUACUUAUUAAACUGAAUAUUAGAAACAUAAAUGUUGUAUCACGUUAUAAAUGUCCGUUCACACAAUAGUAGAGUUAUCCUUUAUUGCAAUCACAUUUUAUUCACAUAAAAUUGGGGUAAACGGUUUAAAUGAAAUUCGUAUUAAAUGAUGUCAAGAAUCUUCCUUUAGCGUUGUGGAAAUAUAUGUUGUCUGUUUUGUGCCAACAUUAUAGAAAAAUAUUAAUAAAUUUAUAAGCUAGGGUGCGUUUACAUUGGUCUAUAGGACACUUGGUGUAUUAUAUCGAAUCGUUAAAUCUUCGUAUAAACUGAUUAUUUAUAUUUAAUAAUAAAUUAAAUAUCAUAUUGAUGGUAUUUUAACCAGUACCAAUGUGGAUGAACCUCAAUAUACAUAAUAAGUAGAUAUAAAUGUAAUUUAUCAAUGAAAUUAAGACAAACGAACAAUAGUAAGUCUGCUUUAAAAAUAAGUCACUUAAAACACAAUUAAAAUUACCUAAAUCUAACGUAUCACAUUAUACUUCACAGACCUUUAAAAAUAAUAAAAAAAUGUCGAAAUAUGAAGUUGGACACAUGACUAUAGUCAAUAUUGUCUCGUAGAUAAUUUAUAAGGAUAGCCAGAUUUAUAAAGAUGCCAAGACUUUUAUAUGGAAAUUUUUGAUGUAAUAGAAAUUAUUAUCAAAUAUUAUAAUGUAAACCAUUUACUACGGUAAUAUAUUCAUAGCCUUACUUGAGGCAAUCAUAUGGGUAACUUAGGAAUAUUUAUUGCAUGAUACACAAUAUUUAACACAACAUUAAGUUGUUAUUAUUUGAAUGUCAAACCGUUUGUUGGUUUCUUGAAUGUUGUAUUUGGUUUUAAAUCCCAAAUACGUGUUAUGGGCAAAAUCCCGACAAGUGUUGCAUUACUGUAAAAUGAUCAAAUUUGUCGCCCUUUUCUUGUAAUUAUUAUGUGUACUAACUAGUCAUAGUAAUAAGAAACAAUGUUUAUUUAAGUAACUUAUUUCGUACUAAUUUAUGUAUAAUUGCCAUUUUCGGAAAUUAAACUGUGAUAUGAUUUGAUCUCACAAUUAUUUAAUCAAUUUGUUUACAAAAAAAGUAUAUGCCUUUAACACUAGCCAAAAGUUAUUUGUAAUUUAAUAUUAAAUUUGUAUUACGAUAUACUACGCUACGGUGUUCGAUGUAUUAUUGUAUAGAAAUAAAAUGUUUUUGUACAA